CGUGCCUCGGUGAGUGACUUCUUGUUUCUGGUCCAAGAUGGCUGCGCCUAUUGCACGGUUCUGGCGGCCUCUUCUGGCUCGCCAGGGCCUCCGGUCCCGAGGGCGCUACCUGUGCAGCCAGAGCCCAGGGACAGAUCUCGCCGCAGAGAAGCGGCCUCGGAACCUCCUGUACGAACGCGCACGCGAGGGCUACGGCGUGCUCCCUCACCUGGACGUGGAGUCGAUGUGCGCGCGCCCAGAGGCAGCCGCGCGCUCCCUGGAGCUCCGCAAGGGGAGGCUGCGGCCGGCUGACCUGCACGCGGUCAUCUCCAUGUGGCAGGAGCUGCAGCAGCUUCGGGAGCAGAUCCGGGACCUGGAGGCACAGAAGGUGGCUGUGGCAGAUGCAGUCCGAGCUCUGCUGGCAAACGAAGAUAGCGACGAACUUGAAAAGGACCCCCACUAUCAGGAGCUGCGGGCCCGUGGCCGGGACAUACGGAUGCAGCUCAUACCCUUGUACCACAGAGAGACCCAGCUAGAGGAACAGUUCUAUGUGCAGGCCCUGAAGCUUCCCAACGAGACCCACCCAGACACGCCCAUUGGGGAUGAGAGCCAGGCGAGGGUCGUCCGCGUGGUGGGGGACAAGCCAGUUUUCACCUUCCGACCCAAAGACCACAUGAAAAUUGGCGAGAAACUUGACAUCAUCCGGCAGAAGCGCCUGUCUCAUGUGUCUGGCCACCGGUCCUAUUACCUGCGUGGGGCUGGGGCUCUCUUACAGCACGGCCUGGUCAACUUUACCCUCAGCAAGCUUGUCAGCAGGGGCUUCACCCCCAUGACAGUUCCAGACCUCCUUCGAGGAGCCGUGUUUGAAGGCUGUGGAAUGACGCCAAAUGCCGAUCCAUCCCAAAUUUACAAUAUUGACCCCUCCCGAUUCGAGGAUCUCAACCUGGCUGGGACCGCAGAGGUGGGGCUGGCAGGAUACUUCAUGGACCACUCUGUGGCUCUCCAGGACCUGCCGGUCAGGAUGGUCUGCGCCAGCACCUGCUAUCGGGCAGAGACGCACAAGGGGAAGGAGCCCUGGGGCCUGUUCCGAGUCCAUCACUUCACUAAGGUGGAGAUGUUUGGGGUGACAGCCCCUGGGCUGGAGCACAGCUCGAAGCUGCUGGAUGAGUUCGUGUCCCUGCAGGUGGAGAUCUUGACGGAGCUGGGCUUGCACUUCCGCGUGCUGGACAUGCCUACCGAGGAACUAGGCCUUCCUGCUUAUCGCAAGUUCGACAUUGAGGCCUGGAUGCCUGGCCGACGCAGCUAUGGAGAGGUCAGCAGCGCCUCCAACUGCACAGACUUCCAGAGCCGCCGCCUGUACAUCAUGUGUGAAGCUGACACUGGGGAGCUGCAGUUCACACACACGGUGAAUGCUACUGCUUGCGCCGUUCCCCGACUCCUCAUUGCCCUCCUAGAAAGCAACCAGCAAAAGGAUGGUACUGUCCUCGUGCCUGCCGUUCUGCAGCCCUACCUGGGCACUGACCGCAUCACAGCCUCCACCCAUGUGCCUCUCCACUACAUUGGCCCCAACCAGAGCCAGAAGCCCAAGCUCCCCGGCCAGACUGCCGCCAGCUGACAACUGUCUGCUCUAGAGAUCCGGGACACUCGGACCCUUUACCCUGGAGCUGGCCCUGACAUCUUUGUACUUGCCACCUCCCCUUCCAGACGCCUGGGGCUACCUUUCCUCCUGCCACUGAGUUAUUGUCAGUGACCCCUACUGUCAGGAGGGUUGUCCCCUGCGGCAUGUCUCAGCCCGUGGCAGGAAAAGGCCGUCCUACCUUCUCCCUCUGGUGCUGAGCAGAAGGCCCACAAUAAAUGCGAACAGUGGUCUA